GCAGUAGUAUAGGCAUCAUAGAUUUACACAGAAAGUAGAUUCUAAUCUUUAUUAAAAGCUGGUCUGCGAUGGUGGGUGGUAUCGAUGACGAGUUUGAUCAAGCAGAAGUAGAUGUAACAGAAAAAAUGGAUAAUAAUCAGCAAAAUGGUGACUUAGUUGCAACCGAAUUGAAUAACGAAGAGAGAGAUGUUAAUGCAGAAGUAGAUGAGCAAAGAAAGAAAUAUCAACCUACCCAUUUAGAAUCCUUCUUUGCAAUAACAAAAUCUUUAAUAAUUAGAGCACUGAUUAUUUAUUUCAUCAGUUCUCUAUUUAGGCGUCCCCAAACGGAUAAUACUCAGAUAUCUAACAGUGGCAAUAAUGUUCCAAAAUUACAUGCAAUAAAUAUAUUUAAGAACUGGACAUUAUUUGAUCUACACGUUUAUAUGUCAGAAGAUGAAGAUUUUAAAAAAUUUGAUGACCCAAAUGCUUUAAUAUGGUUUGAACAAGGAUUGAUUUAUGGAGAUUGGUUUAGUGGCACAGAUAAUGAUGGUUCUAGAAUUCUCAAUAUACAUUUUACUCCGUCACAUAAACUAUUAAAUAAUGGUACCAUUUAUCUGCAUGUAUAUGUCACUAAAACUGGUAAAUCUCCUAAUCCUAAGGCUGGAAAAAAUGCAUUUGCCGGUGAACAAAUGUCAUAUGCUAAAAAAAUGUUAGUUAAAUUUAAAAAAAUUCGAUAUCAAAAGAAACAUAAUUUAUUAACCGGUGAAACGACAGCUACUCAAGAACAACUACAAAAAGCCGAGAUAAUGAAUCAAGAAUACAUCUCCCAUUGGCAUCCAAAUUUAACUAUUAAUUUAGUAACUGACCAAACAAAUUGGAUGGCUGGACAAGUACCACAACCUUUGGAUGAACAUAUAAGUUUCCUUCCCGGAGAAUCAUAUUAUAGACCAGUUAUAUUCAUGAAUGAUUUUUGGAAUAUGCAACGUGACUAUCAACCAUUAAACAAUACUGUUAAAGAAUUAGAGCUCAGAUUGAUAUAUCAACCUCUUUCAUUAUUCAAAUGGCAAAUCUAUGUAGCACAAUCUAUGAGAAACAAAUGGACAUCGUUUAUGGGAGACAUGUCUGACGAAGAUGAUACUGAUCAAGACACUUUGAAGGAAACUCUAUUAGAAACGAAUAUUUAUUUACUGGGAUUAACUAUAAUUGUAUCAAUUUUACAUAGUGUAUUUGAAUUUUUAGCAUUUAAAAGUGAUAUUCAAUUUUGGAAUAAUCGUAAAUCUUUGGAAGGUUUAUCAGUACGAUCUGUCUUUUUCAAUGUUUUUCAAUCACUUGUUAUCCUACUUUAUGUAUUAGAUAACGAAACUAAUACAGUAGUACGAAUUAGCUGUGCUAUAGGUUUGUGCAUCGAAGUAUGGAAAAUUAACAAAGUCGUUGAUAUUAAUGUUGAUAGACAGUCAAAAAUGUUUAAAGUCUUUCCAAAAAUAUCCUUUCACGAUAAAGGUUCAUACGUGGAAUCUUCCACUAAAGAGUAUGAUAGACUCGCAUUUAAAUAUCUAUCAUGGGCUCUUUAUCCGCUUUUAGGAGGUUAUGCAAUUUAUUCUUUAAUGUAUUUAGAACAUAAGGGAUGGUAUUCGUGGAUAUUGAAUAUGCUAUACGGAUUUUUACUAACAUUUGGAUUUAUCAUGAUGACACCACAAUUAUUUAUUAAUUAUAAACUUAAAAGUGUAGCUCAUCUUCCUUGGCGCAUGAUGUCGUAUAAAUUCCUUAAUACUUUUAUUGAUGAUAUAUUUGCAUUUGUUAUUAAAAUGCCAACACUUUAUAGAAUUGGCUGCUUCCGGGAUGAUAUAGUUUUCUUCAUAUUUUUAUACCAGAGAUGGAUAUAUAAGACUGAUCAUACGAGAGUUAACGAAUUUGGUUUUUCGGGUGAAAUGCAAGAUCAAUUAGUUCAAGAUAAAAAGCAACGUUCUGUCAAAGAUCGUUCUAAGGAUGAAUUAAGUAAAAAAGAUAAAUAAUGCUUGAUUUAGUAUUAGUAUGAAAUAUGUUAUAUUAAGUUAAUUAUCAAUUCAAACAAAUUUACUAGUAAUCAUGUAUAUAAACAAACACACAACGCACACAUUAAUGUAUCUAAAUGAGAUAAAUACAUUUUUGUGUGUAUACUAAAUAUUAUAUUCAAUUAGUUUCAAAAUCUAGAACGAUUGUGCUAAUGCAUUGCAAAUUUCAAACAAAACAAAAAUUCAUUAUUAUUUAAUACAUGUCGUUUGGUAUAUUUAUUGAAGAAGAUAAGGGCAAUAUUUUCAUACAUUUGUAAAAACUUUCUUUUUGUUUCCCCGGAAAUAAUGGACAUUUUAUUAUCUGUACUGUGGAGCUAUGCAUAAUAUAUAAAGAAAGUGCAUUGCAAUAAAAAAAGGAAAUUUUUAUAUUGUUAACUUAUUCGUCAGACUAUUUCUAUAGCUAAUAUUGUUUCUAAAUAACAUUAUUUUUAUGAUCUCUACACUUCUUAUAUAACUUCAUAAAGCAUAAUAUAUUUUUUAUUAUUAUUUUUUAUUAUUAUUUUUUAUUAUGGUUUUUGUUUUUUAAAUAUAUAGAUCAGUGUGUAAUAUUUUACAUACUUUUUACAUAGAUGUAAGGAGUGUAGGUUUAUACAAUAAAUAUAUUUUGUAACAACAUUAACAAUCAUUCUGGUUAAAUUAUUUUCUAGGACUAUUUAAGAAAAGAAACAAAAAAGAAAAACAAUUUGAUGUUGAUUAUUAUUUUGUAAGUCAUAUCUCCACAAGAUAUACAUAUAUAUAUAUAUAUAUAUAUAAAUGUGCAGUAUGUGCAUACAUACACGAAUAAACCAAUAUAUUAAUGUAACUUCUUCGUAUUUGAGAAAAACAUGUAUUUCUACAAUAGAAUAUAUUUACCUAUUAAUUUCUUAACCAUUUAUAUACAAAUAUAUUGUACUAUAGUUGUGAAAAAAAAAACGAAAAUAUUCAGUAUUUGAUAAAUGAGCGUGUUGUGCUGGAUAUUAAAAUUUGUUAAAACUCCGAGCGGUCUUAGAUUCUAUUAUAAUUGUCUUUAAUAAAUCAAAAUUCAUGAUGUA